CUCCCACUUCGUCAACCCAUCGCUCAGUCUCUUAGUUCUGCUCUUCCGACCAUAUUCGAGGGUUAUCUGUGCUAUGAUCUUCUUCUCAACGCUGUAAGCAUCCUGUUUUCGCUUCUGCUCGCAUGAUGCCAAACUUUAUCUACAUUGUCUGAGACGGUGUAUACCAUUCCUUGACGCCGAUUUUCUUCCUGACGCCCUCUUAUCCCUUAUAUUAUGCAUGCAGUGCUGACUCGUCUCUCCUUUUUGGCAGCUUCUAGGGACAGUCAAGUAUUCCUUCAGUCUUUCCUAGUUUCACAUAGCUCUAAUUUUUGUACUCUAUGUGUAGAAUCCAUGAAUUUUUACUUCGAUGCGGCGGUCACUCUGGACCGUCUAGGUUCUAAACAAGGCUCAAUCAAGGGUGUGAUCGCGUCACUGCCCGAGAAGAACAGGAAAAGGACGGCUGCGUUGGUUAUCGAGACGCUGAAGUAUAAACCUGUUCUAUUAGACGUCAUCGAGACAUCCAAACUCAUGAAGGAGGAGCGUAAGCUGACGUCUUUGAAUUUGGCUCUCGUUUUGGUCCACGAUCUGCUCCUUGCUGGUGGAAUUCAAGCUGGCAAUGGGCCAUUGAAGCAGGCUGUGUUACGACACAAGACGCGGCUCCACGGAGAAUUCCAAAAGCUGAAAAUCAAACGGGGGGCAACUUCUGUUGCCGACUUGGCCCAGACAGGCGACGUACGCGCUGAAAAAAUUCCACGAUACGUGCGAGUGAAUACGAUAUUGUGGAGUUUGGAACAAGCCUUGGAAUAUCUCCAGUCUCGGGGAUUUAUACUCAGCACCUCUUUGGAUUCCGACAAAGCUUUUAUGAAGGACAAGCAUAUCUCUAACCUACUGUUGUUUCCCGCCGCCGUAACAUUCCACGAUGACCCGGCGUACAAGGCAGGAAAACUCAUUCUACAGGACAAAGCCUCUUGUUUUCCCGCAGCGAUAUUGUCUCCACCAGCACAUAACCAAGCCGUGGUCCUCGAUGCAACCUCAGCUCCUGGUAACAAGACUACACAUCUAAGCGCCCUCAUGAGAGGCAAGGGCAAGGUGACACCUUGCCAUGUUGUCCAAGAUAAUCCGUCGUGCAGUGGUUCAGGAAUCAUCAACCGGCUGGAUCAUCUUUUGGAGUCAGAAGAAGAGAACGCCGAGAUUCAGGAAGAUAGACUGAAUAAGCUGGCAUCAUUCCAGCUGAUGAUGAUCAGACAUGCCAUGAAAUUCCCGAGCGUUCGACGCAUCGUGUAUUCGACUUGCAGUAUCCACGUGAUAGAAAACGAGCACGUGGUACGAGCAGCCCUACUUUCCGAAGAAGCCCAGGCCUCGUCGUUCUGUUUGGCCCCGCCUACUGACAUCUUACCCGGCUGGCCUCGACGAGGGAUUGCAGAAGAGAUGACACGUCCUGAGGAUGCCUUAUCACUAAUCCGCUGCUCGCCCGGCGAAGACGAAACCAACGGUUUUUUUGUGUCGUGUUUCGUAAGGAACGAUGGGACUCUCAAGCGCUCUUUUCCGGAGCUCGAGGAGGACAUCGGGUACGAGACGAUUAUGGGUCCGACUAAACGCAAAAAGAAGAAAAAGAAGUCCACUCAGGCCAAUGAUUACGUCUUAUCGCAAUCACAUAUCUCGGAAUUGAUGGUCGAUACUACGGCACACCCCGCUCGUAAGAUCAGGAGUGCAGCACGUCCCUCGACUGCUCCAGAAAAGUUGCGCCAGGCCCUGCUGCCUGCAGCCAUGCACACAUUGCAGGAGGAUGAAGUUCCGGAAUCGAUUGGCUCUCACUCAGAUGCAGCCUCACCGGCGUCGGAAUUUGUUCCUGCGCAUCGCCUACCUGUCGAUCUCCCCAACUACGACUGGGCCACGUUUAUCACCGCAUACGCGUGCGGCCGUUGGGACCCACACCGAAUACCAAGACCGCCCCAUGUGCCCUUGUCACUGUCCAAACCUGAAUCACCCUCACACACCGGAUCUGCUGUCCCGCAGGGUGCUCUCGCGUUCGACCACACUCGCCUUGUGCCCCGGCCACCGUCUCAUCGUCUGCGUGCAUCCUUCUCAGCGGUGUCAUCCAGCGCACCUUCUCCGCCCUCAUUCUCUUCGACAUACCCGUCGUUCACCCUGCCCGCCACACUUCCAUUCACGACAAUCACUACAUCGGCGGGCUCAGUGUCUUCCCCGAUCAGUACAGUCGAUGCACAGACAACCGCUGCGACACUGCGAUGGGCGGGGUCGCGUGUCAAUGUCGCACCUCUGGCGCUCCCCAGCCCGGAACACGAGCUGAUGGAUCCGAUGCGCGGAGCUGCAGCUGUCCCAGUCCCUGGUAGUCAUCCUGAGAUUCCCGUUUCAUUUGCCCACGCUCAGCAGACUGUAUCACCACACCCAGUCCCGGGGUUCUUUUCUCAGUUUCAUGGUGCACAGACUCCCGGCUGGGAUGUCAUGACUCCCGGCGGGACUCGUCGCUCGCGAUUGAGCGGUUUCUGGAGUGGGACAAUUGACGUUGACAAUUCGGACUACGACUCUCCGGAGAUGCUACCAACGCUGGAGGACUUGGCUGACCGAAAGGAUCAAGAAAACGAAACACAACUUACAUCCGGCCCUCAGAAUGGACAUUCAGUUAUCCCUGACGAUCUUCCGACAUUUCGCCCUGGUCCCGCGACAGCACCACUCCAUGUUUCACGGGACCUCACCGAAGAUGACAACUACUUUGGGUUGCCCACAAACGAUAGAGUUUCGACGAGCUCGCCGGAUCGCCAGAGGCCCAGUGCUGGGUUCGAGGUUGAGCUGAAUAGCGGCGCGGCGCCUUCCUCACUGAAAUCUGUUGACCAGAGCAUCGUAUCCUCAGGAUCGACACCAACAUUGGUGAACUCGGUUCCGUAUUCUGUUCUGACGGAAUCAUUCACGCAGGCCACCGCACAAUCAGUCCCUGCUCCAGGAACAAGAAGACGAUCUCAGCUGACCAGGCAGUCAAGUGCGCCGCUUCCCACGACAUCCGUCUCCAUUCCUGUUUUGACGCGAACACUCUCUGGCGACUCGCUGACACGGCCACCCAUUGGAACUAUCUCAGAGUCAGCUCCUGCUAUUCCGACGGCCAGCCUUGUCGAACAAAGUCCUGUCCCCACCCACACUUCUUCCAAAGAGGAUGCACGUGCUGUUCGAGAGGAAUUGGCUUUUUUAGCGCGGGGAUUCCUCGCACCGCCCUUCCCUCCAGAUGAACUGGGUCGUCGUCGAGCAUUAUACAAGUUCAAUAUCAUCGAUACGACCCCUGACCUUAACUUUGAUCGGAUCGCGCAUCUCGCCAUGUUAGUGUUCAAUACCAAAGGAGUGGUCAUUUCCGUCGUAGAUGGGGAGAAAGAGUGGUGCAAAUCAGAAUGGGGGAUGACCAAAAUCCACACCUGUGCACGAUCAGCCUCUUUUGCAGCCCAUGCGAUAUUACAACGUGGGGAUGAGCCCAUGAUAGUUCUGGACACGAAAGCGGAUUGGCGAUUUGCCGACAGUGCAAGUCCUCUGGUUGUUGGGGGCCCGAGCCUUCGGUUCUACGCUGGCGCGCCUCUUCGUACUCAUGACGGCUUCAACAUCGGAUGCCUAUCCCUCAUCGAUGAUUCGCCACAUGAAUGUUUCACCCCAAGGCAACGCCAUACUUUGAAGGAAUUCGCAGCAAUCGCCAUGCGAGAAAUGGAGUUGUGGAGAGACAAGAUCCAACUGCGUAUUCGAGAUCGGAUCCAAACAUCUAUGGAGCAAUUUAGUCGAGAAUGCCUUGAAAUCGACAAUGAAGUCUCUGGCCAGUCGAACAAAACAAAGCCCCCAUCGGACGAAUCGAGGUCACCUCCGCCAGUAAUGGGAACUAUGACGUCCAUGGACACAGUUUAUGACCGGGCUGCUCAUCUCGUACAACAGACACUUGACGUCGAGGGGGUUGUGGUGGCCGAUGUAUCGCACUGUGAGGUGCUCGAAUCGAUGAGCAGCGAAGCUACAGUUUCGAUUGUGCUGCAUCACGGCGAACCUGGGGUGCCAACAAGCACUCACACGCUCUCAGGAGAAGAGCACAUCCGCUUGAAUGAGUUCUUCGCCAGGUAUCCCAAUGGCAAGAUCUCUGAAGGCAUCGUCCCACCGUCGUUGCGCUUUUUGAUGCCAUCGCCACAUAUUCAAUAUGCUCUGGCGGUGCCUAUAUACAACAUCGACAAGCGGCCAUUCGCACUGUUGUGUGCCUGGAAUGCCUCGAAUCAGGCGCGACGGUUUCUCGAAGGCCACGAGCUCUCGUUUUUGAGGGCGAUAGGAGUCAUCGUCGUCUCUGCUGUUCUCAAGCGGAGAAUGAUCUUAGCUGACAAGGCCAAAGGCUUGUUCAUCUCUAACAUCUCACAUGAACUGAGAACCCCCUUGCACGGCAUCCUCGCUGCGGCCGAACUGCUGAGCGACAGCCCCCUCAAUCACUCUCAGACAUCAUUCUUGCAGACUGUACAAGCAUGUGGGACAUCGCUUGUCGAAACCGUCAAUCACGUGUUGGACUUCACCAAACUCAGCGGGAAUUCGAAAUCGGGUGGUGUCGAGAAUGUGAUCGUGCCUUCCAAGGUGGAUCUGAUGCAACUGGUCGAGGAAGCGGUCGACGGAUGCUGGAUAGGGCAUCGUGCCAGGACAGCUAUCAUGAGUGAUUCAGAGAUCGGGAGCGUCUACUCCCCUCCCGAACAGCUUCUGGCCACGAAACAACUCGUCGAGACUGUGGUUGAUAUCGGCUGGCGCCGCGGAGGCUGGACGCUGAAAUGCGAGAGAGGCGGCAUUCGUCGUGUUCUGAUGAACAUCUUCGGAAACAGUCUCAAGUUCACAUCGAACGGAUAUGUGCAUAUCAUGUUGCGUGAGUUGGCACCGAGCCCAGCUCAAUCAGCGAACGAAGUCAAGGUGGAGCUCGUCGUGUUUGACACCGGAAAGGGUAUCAGCGAGGGUUUCCGCAAAAACCAACUGUUCCAUCCCUUUUCCCAAGAAAAUCCGCUUCAGACUGGAACAGGCCUCGGAUUAGCAAUCGUCAAUAGCAUCGUGAAGUCCGAAAGCGUCAAUGGCAAGGUCGACGUCUGGAGUGAAGAGGGCGUUGGGACAGAAAUCAAGGUUACGUUCACGGCCCAGAUUCCAGAGGAGGCUUCGGCACCCGAAAUGGAGCCUUUCCGCUUUGACACGAAGCCACUCUCGGUGUCGAUGUUGGGCUUUGACACGGAGCACAAAGGCGUCCUCCUUGUGCGUUCUGUCAUCGAGACGUACCUAACUUCUUGGUGGGGAUUCGACCUCCAACCACCAGGGCCACAGCGCGGAGACAUCAUCAUUCUCAAUGAAAACAUCGAAUUGCUCAGAAAAGCCACCGCGGAAAGGGAUACUUCUCGGCCAUUCAUCAUCCUAUCGACUUUGCACGGCAACCGGGGGGUUUUGGCCGAGGUAGCUGAGCACGAGAGUAUCGGAGGCUUUUGUCGGGUGCUAUACAAACCCGGUGGGCCAUCCAGGCUAUAUGCACUGCUCAAGCUAUGCGUUCAUACCAUCAAAAUCGCCAGUUCGACCGAUGCUCCAUCCGGUGACGAUCACGAUCCGACCACGCCCACAUUUACAGUCCAUGUUCCUCGCCGUAACUCUGAGGAGACAGCCAAUUCAAGUGUGAUGGGGACGGUGAGGCCGGCGAUGAUGGCUCGCGCUAUGACAAUACAUCCGACCUCUUCCUUAUCCUGGAAGAAGCUGUCGACAACCGUAGAAAGCAACGACGAGGACAACCAAGAAGUUGACGGUGAAGAUCCGGGGGUGCCGACUAUCAACAUCGGGGCCGGCAGUCUCCUGUUGCGCUCUUCGUUAGACUCCGUGAUUGCUGAUCGAAGGUUUCGCAUCUUGGUCGUCGAGGACAAUACUAUCCUUCGCCAACUGCUAAUCAAAUGGUUAACGACUAGGGGAUACGACUAUCGAGAUGCGGUGGAUGGCAGGAAAGCGGUGAGCAUCUAUGAAGAAGAUGGCCCCUUCGACGUGGUGUUGCUCGACAUGUCGAUGCCUGUGCUCGAUGGCAUCGGCGCCACUACUGAAAUUCGCAGAUUCGAAGCAGGAUUGUCGUCUGCCAAAAGGCGACACCCGACACGAAUACUCGCUCUUACUGGAAUGUCAUCCCUCGAGGACAAGCGCAGGGCUUUUAAGGCCGGAGUCGACGGCUACAUGAUCAAGCCUGUGGCAUUUAAGACCCUGGACGAGAUGUUCUCCAAACUUGGCGUUUCAUGACAUUGCAUGACAUCCGGGUUCACUCACUUGGUUUUGUAGAUCAUCUCUCAUAUCACACCAUAACACUACACCUUCCUCGUCAUGUACUGGCGACCUUGUAAUUCCACUCUGUAGCUGUACCUUAUCUACUCCUCCUUGUUGCUAUAAAUCGUCAAUCACAUCCGAACAGUUUUCUGAACGUGA